UAGCUAGCUAUAAGCAAUUAGUAGGCUGUGAAGAUGGUGACCGUUGUUUGAUCAAAUAUAUAUAUUACUAGCUAGCUAGCUUCAAUUCAAAUUAACCACCAUCCAUUCCCCAUGCCACCUGGCCUCCUCUAUAUAUCCCCACCACUUGCUCGCUCAUCAUUCUCACACACACGUACGUACGUUCAAUAUAUUGCGAUGGAUCUAAAGAGUUGCGUGAUUACUCUUGUCCUUCUCUUCCUCUUACUCGCGGUACCUUCUAGCUCUGCUUCCAAAGAGAGACUAGAGUCGGAAGUAUAUGAGAUUGAUUAUCGGGGACCUGAAACUCAUUCACAUAGGCCUCCACCAAACCGUGGAAAUACUAAUAACGGCGUUCCUCGCGGACAUCUCAAGAAGCACCAACGAUUCAAGAGACAACCAACUCGAAAUGCGAUAAAGAAGGUAAAAAAGCUCAAAGGAUGAAAAUUAUACAUGCGUGCGAUGGCGUGGCUCAAGUAAAAACUAAGUUUCUAAUAUAUGGAGCGCUAUUAUAUGCUCCUUAAUUUAUCUUGUUUGUGUUUACCCUUUAAUUAUAAGUUUUAUAACAUAUGCUAAAAUGGAUGUGAUUUAUUGGUUAUAUAUGUAUCGGGUUAAAAACCGAACAAUAUAAAUAAAUCAAAGCAUUUUAGCAUAUUAUAUUCAAGCUUGCAAAUUCUCGCUUUUUUAUAUAUGUCGUCGUAUAUGUUGUAAUAUUGGCAUAAAGAUAUCAAUGUAAUAUAUGAAUAAGUUCUCUUGUUUUA